GCCCCUCCAAUCGGCGGCCGGCAGCGGGAAGUUUCAAUUCAGCCCGGGCCGCCCGCUGCCUCUGCGGACCUGCGGGGGUUGCUCUGCUGCGGGAUUGUCGGGACCGGUCCGGAAGCUGCUUCAGGAUGCCUGUAUCGCGUUUUGCCAGCCGACUUCGGAAAGAUGUAAGCAUUGAAAUGAUCAGAACUGAGAUUGCUCACAGAAAGUCACUAUCUCAGCAGGAAAACAGAUACAAGAUACAUGAGCGAAAUAGACGCUUUGGCUUGAAAGACGUCAACAUUCCACUGGAGGGUAAAAAUCUUGGUAAUAUACUUGAGACAUCCCAAGACCUCGCUCCAGAAAAGGCCUGCACCAAAACAAGGUCAGCGAAUAUGGUUCUGAGUGACCAACGGAAACAGCUUCUUCAAAAGUACAAAGAAGAAAAGCAGCUUCAAAAAUUAAAAGAGCAACGAGAGAAAGCUAAACGUGGAGUAUUUAAAGUUGGUCUCUAUAGACCUGCUGUGCCUGGCUUUCUCAUUGCAGACCAGAGGAGCAUGAAAGCUGAACCAGAAAAGGCUUUUCUGUACAGUGGGAGGAUAACGAGAUCAAAGGCCAAAGUGCAUAUGGAACAGACUAAGGUAGACAGCAAGAGUGUUCCUCAAGCAACCCGAUAUGGCCAAAGACAACCUUCUGAGAAGAAAAUAGUGGACAAAGAGAAAAAAGCAGCACAGCCUCUGGUGUCCAAGUCAGGGACAGUGACCGGAUCAGCUGCUAUUCAGAGUUCAAAGCAGGUUGCCCGGACGGUCUCGUCUACUAUACGAAGGCCAGUCACAAGAGCUGCUCACGAGACGGUAUCAGAAAGAAUGGGACCAAGUAGAGGGAGACCUGCAAAAAAGGAAGAAGCCAAGCCUGACAAGGUCAUUUCUUCUAAAUUUGAGACUGAAAAAAAGAGUUUGGAUUCACAAACCAGUGUAACAAAUCAACUGGAUCCAGAUGGAGUCCUCCAGGAAAUGGAAAGCUUGCCUAAGACAGUUCCUGCAAAAGUGAAAGAAAGAGAUUCCUUUGCACCUAAGCAUUGGGUAUUUCAGCCACCGUGUGGGCUGAAGAUCUAUCAAGUGGCUCCCAUGAGUCCUAGAAGUGCCAACGCCUUCUUGACACCCAGUUGUGAUUGGAACCUUUUAAAACCAAAAGACAGUACAACUCAAGAUACAGCAAAUGAAAGCUUGGUACAGAAGGAAUCAAAUAGCUCAGGAUCUGCUGUGGAGUCACUAACAGACAGUAGUGAAGAGCAUGGCUUAGAUCAAAGGGAAGCUUCCACUUCCAAUUCAGACCAACUUUCCGUAAAGAGAGUCACAUCACUUGAAGGAGGUGAAGGUCAGCCACAGCACGAUGUGCCGUAUUUCAGAAAAAUCCUCCAAUCAGAAACUGAGAGAUUAACCUCAUACUGCCUGGAGUGGGAUAGGAAGCUGGAACUGGACAUUCCUGAUGAUGCUAAAGAUCUUAUUCGAACAGCAGUUGGUCAAACCAGACUCCUCAUUAAGGAGAGAUUCAAACAGUUUGAAGGACUGGUGGACAACUGUGAAUAUAAACGAGGUGAAAAGGAGACCACCUGUACAGAUCUGGAUGGAUUUUGGGAUAUGGUUAGUUUUCAGGUAGAUGAUGUGAAUCAGAAAUUCAACAAUUUGAUCAAACUUGAGGAAUCUGGAUGGAAAGAUGACAAUCCAAGUAAAAAAGUUCUCCGGAAAAAAACUGUGCCUGGUAGAACAAUGAAAGCAAAACAGGAUGAUGAUGGACGAAUAGCAGCUAGAAACCGUCUGGCUGCCAUAAAAACUGCAAUGAAAGAGAGACUAAGGCAGGAAGAGCAUACCCAAGGGGCAACUGUGAAAACACCAAAGGAAGUUGACAAAAUAGUGUUUGAUGCUGGAUUUUUCAGAAUUGAGAGUCCUGUUAAAUCAUUUUCAGUACUUUCUUCUGAGCGUCGUUCUCAAAGAUUUGGAACACUUAAUUCUGCCAACAGAGUUGUGCCUGAGAGCAGGGCUGCAGGGGACCUUCUAAGACAAAGGAUGUCACUGGAGAAGCCUGAUCAGAGCAGCGAAAGUGAACAUGUUGAUAAGACGUUGUUUUCAGAUACUCUUGAAAGCAGGUACAGUCGAGUAGAAGACACUCCAUGUCCUAGAGAACAAGAUCCAAGUGACAUAGACUGUCCAGCCCCAAGCUGCACCAGCCCCUGCCGGCAGGAGGAGACCAGACAGCAAGAGCACGCCCGACUCUUCUCCUUUGGUGAUGACCUCAUCGUCUUCUCACCUCUAAGACCCCAAAGUAAAGAACACCAGGAGGACUCUUAAUUUAAAAAUAAUUCUACACAGCUUUUACUUCACAUCAUUAAUUUUCCGAUGUGUUCUUAAGCUGCUGGAAAUUUUAGAGCUAUGCACUGGUAUUCACUUCUGUUUGUUUAUAUUGUAUCACACAAUGUUUUAAUGUUCAGUGUUCAUCAAGACACACUUUAGGGGUAAGACUGUAAAAGCGCUGCAGGUUAUUUAAAAUGUUAAAAGUGAAGCGAGUAUUUGCAUCUGCACCCUCAUUUUGUACUUUUUUAUUUGGGCUCCUGUAUCUGUUGACAUCAAAUAGCUUUGAUUUCCUACAUUCCUUUAGAUAAAGUUUUCUGGAUCAUGAAGUCCAUUUAUUACAGUUACUUUUCCUACCAUUGAAAAGAUUGUUGGGGAAGGUCUUUAAAAAAAAAAAUGUUGAAAUUACAGGAUGUUUUGUGCUGCCUCAGGUGGCUGUCCUGAGCAGUGUGCACACUUAAAAACAGUCAUCACUCCAGCCCUUUUCUUUUAUAAACCCUUAACUCUGUGAUUGUAAAACACAGUGCUAAUACAGAAGGGAGACGGCUCAGAAGAUAAAGGCACUUGCCAUCAUACCCAUGAGUUGUUCUCCAACUGCCACAUUCAUGUAGCAUGUGCCAGCCCUUCCUUCACACACAUAUCCCCACCCCCGCAGAAAAUAAACAGAAAGUGCAGUGCUCCAAACAACAGCUCGCAGCAGCAAAUCCUGUUAGCCAGACCCUGUGUUGUUGGUCUGAAUAUGAGCUGAGCUUUGGAAGGAGACAUUCAGCACAAUGUAGGUUUAGGAUUAGGCAUUUUCAAGAGAAACCUCAGUCUGCUUUUUUGUUUUUGUUUUGAGACAGGGUUUCUCUGUGUGGCCUUGGUUGUCCUGGACUCACUUUGUAGGCCAGGCUGGUCUUGAACUCACAGAAAUCUGCCUGCCUCUGCCUUCCCAGAAUGCUAGAAUUACAGGCUCGCCUCACUGUGCCCAGCUCUCAAUCUGCUUUUGAUGUCAGAAGUAGAUGUGUUUGGCUUUGGGGAAAGACAGUAUUUAUUAUGAAGCCCAAGCAAUUUAUUGGAACGUUACAUAAGGUGUUUGCAUAAGAAAAUAUUUGUAGACUGUCUUCCCUUUCCAAAAGAUGAAGACUGAUUGAAUGGCCCAAUAGUGAGUGAUGGAAAGUUAUGGGUGGUGAGGUUGCUUGAUGGGUAGGGAACCAAGCCUGCUGACGUGAGGCUGAUACCUGGAAUCUUCAUGGGGGAAGGAGGUACCCAGCUCUCUGCAUGUUCAGCUGUUGAUUGAAAGCGCUUGCUUUUGCACACCUCUUGAUUUCUGUUUUUCCUGAGACGCUAGCUUGUGGCGUUCACCAGUUUAAAGUAUUAGAGGAGAUAAUAUUGUAGAACAAGGAGAAUUCUGACAUUUUCCUAAUCUGUGAGCUUGCUGAUGAUAGGAAAGUUAGAAAGGGUUAGGUAUGAAAAUGUGUACAUAAAAACCAAGACACAAAGUCGCAUUGGCAUUGAAUACUGAUUUGAAGGCAGUUACCUGUGGCUUUAAAAGAAAAACGGUUUAAAACAGCCUACACGCCAGAUUUCAGGACUGCGUCCAUGAUUGCCCUUUAAACCGCGUCCGAGGUUGAUCGCAGUGGUGCUGGGGUGAGCAGCUGCUCGCUGUUGUGUAGAACAAAGCCUACAUUGCAUGUCACCGUGUGGAAGGCAGCGUGCAGACUCAGUGCCGGCAGCAGCCCCCAUCUCCUGUGGCUCAAUUGGCCUGAACCUAGGAUGCAUAAGUGCACCGUCUGGUUUCACCUGGAACCACCAACAGGGAGUGCUCAGUAACUGGCAUCCCAGUGGCCAGCGAUGAGCGUCUGCUGGGGAACUGUCUCCACUCUUCUCAGUGUAUUUCGGGAUGGUUUGUUAACAUUACAUGCUUUUCUUUACUUACACUGCUCCAAAAAGCAUAGAAAGACAGGCAAAGGAAGCAGGCAUCGAUGGGCCUGACCGCAAAUCCAAGGCCUGAGUGGGCAACUCCACACCAUCCCCUCUCAGAAGUCAAAAAGGGCAGGAGCAAGGGCACAGCAGUUAAGAGUAGGAACUACUCUUGCAGAGGACCUGAGUCUGGUUUCCAGCAUCAUAGACAGGCGGCUUACUACCACCCAUAACUCCAGCUCCAAGAAGCAGCUGCACAGACACAAAUACACACGCACAAAGUAAAGGGCUGGGCAUGUGGAGCUCAGUGAUAGAACACUUGCCU